UACCAGAGUGAGGCACAUAGAAUAUCAAGAACAUAAACUAAAGUUGUUCAAAAGAACUUCACUUAUUUUCUAAAAAGUUCUCCCUAAAAAGGGCUAAUAGAACAAGGCCCCUAGUCAAUCUUGUAGUUAAACUUAUCCAUUGCCCAUUAAUCAUUAGGGGAUAUUGAACUCUUUUUUCACUUGAUUAUUAGCACUUUGAGGAUGGAGCAUACAGAGUUCUAGUCUUUGAGGCAGCCUUUUAGUUUUUGCAAAAUUGUUGUUACCCUGUUCUUCUUUUUGCACUCUUUAGCUUAUCCAUAUUCUAUUAAAGUCCUCAUUUUUUUUUUUUCUGAGAAAUUUGUUACUAAUGUAUUAGUGAUGUUGAGAAACAAUUCAAGAAGAGCAGUGAGCAGCAAACAAAGUCACAUGGCUGAAAACAAAUCCUUUCCUUCUCAUAUCCAAAACAACACAAACAACAACCCCAUUUCACAAUUAUUAGCUUCUCCAAGAUUUUUCAAUGGCCUUUUGACUAGAAACCUAUCUGAUGUUGGCUCUGAAAUUAGCCCAAAGUCCAUUCUUGAUGCCAAACAAAUGUUCAAUCUUGGUAACCCUUUUGGGUAUGACAGAAACAAUACAAAUUCAACCACUUGUAUGGACAAAAAGCAUAAGUUGGAAUCAGAAGGUAUUAAACUUGUUUUGGUGGACCCUAUUGAGAAUCAAGAAAGCACUAACACUACUUGUUCAAAGGCAAAUUGCAAAAUGGUUCUGUUUGGAACAGAGCUUAAAGUUCAAAAUACUUAUGUUGAGUCUCCAAAUUGCCCAACAGAUUUUGGUAUCAAGACUAGGGAUUCUCAACUUUUAGCAUUUGGAACUGUAAAAGAAGAAAAAGAUUCAUCAAGGGGUAUUGCAGAUGGACUAAGUUUGAGGGAAAUGGAGAGUUCUGAGGAUUACACAUGUGUGAUCACACAUGGUCCUAAUCCUAAAACAACUCAUAUAUUUGAUAAUUGUGUUGUUGACUGCUGUUGUUCUAAUCUGAUUGAUAAUUGAUGUUGCAGAGGGCAAUGACAUGUACCUGUACAGGCAAAGUUGAAGUAAAACCAAAUAACCAAUCUCUCUUCUUCCUCUCCUUUGCUUUUCUUCUACUGUUUUGUUUAACUGGUUGUGUAUAAUUAUUUUAGGUUUAUUGCAAUUUAAUAUGUUCAGUGAUUACCUCAGAGUUAUGUUAGUUUAGUGCUUCAAUUAUGUUAAUAUAGGUGUAAUGAUCAAGUUAAAGAGAAA